AUGAAAUAAUUAAAUCAAUAUUAGACUGAAAGUUUGACUAAGAUAGGUAGAGAAAAUAUAAAAAACAAACUUAAAUGUUUGAUUCCCAAUUAUAAUAACUAGAAAUUAAUUGUUAAUAAAGAGAAGUAAAUCAAUCAGAGUUCAACCAAUACUCAUGAUAACUCAAAAAUUAGUGUGUUAAUAAAAGAAACUAAAUAAAUGAAUCUCAAAAUUGUUAGUAAAAAAUGGUUAAUGAAAAAGAGACUUCUACAAUAACAGCUUCCUAUAUUGGAUCGACCAUAGUUUGUUAUUAAACCUUAGAUUAUACUAAAAUUAUUUGUUAAUUGUUAAACAAAACAAAAACAUUGA